CCCCGCAGCCCCACGGAAGCGGCGACAUCUCCCGGCUCGGCCCCCGCCACCCGCGCCGGCUCCGCAGCUCCCAUUGGUCGGGACCUGUGGCCAAUGGGCGCGGCGGGGGGCGGGGCCUGCGGGCGGAAGCAGCGGCAGCGCGCAAAGCCACCUGGCCUUCGCGCCGCCUGGCACCCGGAGGGAGGUAGCUCCGCUGCGGGGGAGCUGCCCGAGGAGUCUCAGCACCUCCCCCUGUUCGAGUCUCUCCCCUUGGCACAGGGGCAGCUGGCCCAGCAGCAGGUGCUGCUAACGCUGACUCAGCCGUGACAGAGCUGCUCUACCGACCCGGCUCUGUGAAUGAAGAGAAAGAGGUGGCGGGAUCAGGCAUGAAGCCACUGCUGAGGGGACUUGUGGCGCCCUCGCUGUGCUUGGAGAGGAAGAGUUUCCCAGCCCGCUCCCCGUACCAGCCUCCAUCCAGGACAUUCUGCAGGAAGGGAGUGGGGCUGCUGCGAUUUUCGCCUAAUCCUCAGGGCCGUGCAAGGUGCUGAGGGUGGCGUCUGUGGUUGAGGGGCAGGAUCCGUUGUGGGGGCCGAGGUUUGCGCUGCCCUCGUCCUGCCCGCCCAGGAGGAGGGAGGUGUGAGGGCUGGGCCUGGCCUGGUGCUGAUCUAAGAAGGGUGUGCCCAUAGCAUCCUUGGGCCUGGUUCUCGCCUCGGCCCCCGAGGAGGCAUCAGUGUCGCUCCCUGCCACGAUGAAGCUGCUGCGGCUCCUGUGCCGCCACAAGACAGCGCUGGGCCUGGGUGGCCUGGCGCUCUUCGCUGUGGUCCUGCUCUACCUGGCCAAGUGCACCUCAGAGAGCCUCAGGCCCUUGCCAGGUCGGGGUCUGCCCCACAACCAGGCACCGCAGCCACCCCGCGGUGGAGUGGGAGCUGGGCCUCCCCUACCGGCAGCCCUGCUACCCCCUGAGGAGACGGCUUUCCUGGCUGUCCUCAUUGCCAGCGGCCCCAAGUAUACAGAGCGCCGCAGUAUCAUCCGCAGCACCUGGCUCUCGAUGGCUGGCCGGCCCCCUCAGGAUGACAUCUGGUGUCGUUUCGUGAUAGGCACAGGCAGCCUGGCUGAGGAGGAGCUUCACAGCUUAGAGUUGGAGCAGAGCCGUCACCGGGACCUGCUGUUGCUGCCUGAGCUUCGUGAUUCCUACGAGAACCUGACUGCCAAGGUCCUGGCAAUGUAUGUCUGGCUUGAUCUGCACUUGGAUUUCCGUUUUGUCCUCAAGGCUGAUGAUGACACCUUUGUACGCCUGGACGUACUUGUGGAAGAGCUGAGGGCCAAGGAGCCACGUCGUCUCUACUGGGGUUUCUUUUCUGGCCGUGGUCGAGUGAAGUCAGGUGGCAAAUGGAAAGAGAGCACCUGGCUCCUAUGUGACUACUAUUUGCCUUACGCCCUAGGUGGUGGCUAUGUGCUUUCUGCAGACCUGGUGCAUUACCUGCGACUCAGCCAAGACUAUUUCAACAUGUGGCAGAGUGAAGAUGUGUCUCUGGGUGCUUGGUUGGCUCCUGUUGAUGUGAAGAGGGUGCAUGACCCACGUUUUGACACUGAAUACAAGUCACGGGGCUGCAACAAUAAGUAUAUUGUCACUCACAAGCAGAGCAUUGAGGACAUGUUAGAGAAGCAUCAGACUUUGGCCAAGGAAGGGAAGCUCUGCAAGGAGGAGGUUAAGCUCAGGCUAUCCUACAUGUAUGACUGGGGAGUGCCUCCUUCACAGUGUUGCCAAAGGAAAGAUGGCAUCCCCUGAAAGUUUUGGAAAAAGGAAGGGCAAAGUAUCAAAGGGGAACUCUCUGGGCUGGAUCAGUGUCAUAUUGGGACACCCCCGUAUGUAAGGCUUAAAAAUUAUUCUGAGACUUUUUUUGCACGAUUCAUGUAUCAAGACCUGUGUGCAGGACCAACAUAGCACCAUAAUGCAUAAAAGCUACUGAAGUGCUGUGGUUUGUCUACGGAGACACAAAAUACAGGAAUAAAGGGGAAAAGUGAGGGAAAGGUUACGUGAUGGAACUUAGUGCAAAGGGAGGGAAAAGCAAACUUUUUUUUUUAAAUAACUUGGAUGAAGUGCAGGUUGGAAGAUGUGUCCCAGAUUCCAAAGUUUGUUUGUUUAAGAACAUGUCAUGCCUUCACUCCAUCCCUGAGAUUGUGAAAAUAAUGUCUGCUGUUUAAUUUUUGCAGGGAAAAAGUGCCAUUUUGGCCAACCAUAUUUGGCAAGUUUUGAAGACUGUAAUAAAGAGAGAGCAAAUCAGUUGCUAGUGCCAGUGGAAGCAGGUGGCUGGUUAGAACCACUGGCCUGGCAUCUAAAUGAAGGGAAGCAUUUUCCAGAUAUUUGCACUAGUUACUUUAUACUCUCGCUGAGGGAGGGGAGGGUGUGUCCAGUCUUUGGAAAGUGUUCUGAUUUAAUUAGAAUAGGUCAUGGGUAAUAUCCCUGAAUUUAAAUCUUCAAUCAUUUUUUUUUAAAUGGUUUAUGAUGUAUUACGUAACCUGGAUUAUCUGGCAGCUACUAAAUAGGUCUGUAUUUGGAAAAGCGUAUGUUGUUAUGCCAUAUUGCAGUAUUAGGAUAGGUUCUCAACUAUCUUGAUUUGGAAGUAAACAUUUAUGCUACAAACCUAGCACUCAGUUAUUGGGAUUAGAAGCUGUGCUUGUAUUCUCCAAGUGCAUUGUGUACAAAGAAAUCUUAAUUUCCUAAUUUUUACAAAAAAUGAUCACACUGAGAAGUAUAUGAUCUAAUUAUGCAAACAAUAGGACUAUUUACAUCAGUAAGGAUUACCUAUGUGAGUAAGAGUUACCUGGAACGUCUCAAAUUGGAAGUACAAAUCUUUAUCAAGUUAUCUGGACUAGAUUUUUAAAGUAAAGUAAUAAUUCUGUGUUUAAAAAAAAAAUAAUCUGAGGAAUAGGUUAUUUUAGUUGCUAAUAUGGUAUGUAAAUGACUGGAAUUUAUUUUUUCUACACUACAAACGAAUCCAUUGCUGACAAGGGUUGUCGGGCAUGUUUGGUGUUUAAUUGAGAGUAUAAAUGGGCCACUUUUAGCACAGUGACAGAAUGCAUUACACUCUCAAAUAAUUCUAGCACGUUUUCCGCGCAGACUUUUAGUUGUGUGUCUCUGAAUAAUCCUGACAUCCCGUAAUGGUGUUGAAAAUGGUUCCAUCUGUGCACACAAUUACACCUUUGUCCACACUGGUUCUGAAAACCCUUGUCAGCAACAGAUCUCUUUUCUAGUAAAGACACAGCUUUAAAGUUGAUGCCUUCAGGCUUUCUUAUGGUUUGUUGCAUAGUGCACUUUCAUACUAUUAUUAUUUCUUUCACUGGACGGUACACCUCUUUCUCUUACCUGUGGAGGGAGACUUCAACUUUAAAUAAUAAGAGUUGGUACUGACAUCGUAACAUUUUUGCUUUUCAGACCUGAUUUAGUAAUUUAUUCCAAAGGAAUCAAGUGAAUUUAUUUUCUCAAUUAAAAUCCAUUUCUUCUAUCUAGUUUUAAACAAUUUCUUGAGAGGAUUAAGUGGAAAAAAAACUCUUUUGGAAAGCAGGGCUAUGGAGCUAUGCUCUGGCUCCGCUCCAGCGCCAGGCAAAAACCUGCAGCUCCACUGCUCCAGAGCUGCUCCACGCUCCAGCUCCAGACUCCGCUCCAAAGCCCUGUUGGAAAGGAAAAUAACUCCUUAUUUACAUUAAGUAAUUCAACAAUACAGUCUGUGACUUUCCUUCUAAAAACAAAAUUAAUUAAUGAAGACAUUGAAAAAGUAACUUAUUUAAUCUGAUGCGUCUAGUCUUUUGUACUUUGACGUAGUGACACUUACUGAAGAUGUGCCCUUCAGUGGAAUAUAUUCCUGCAGAACAAAAAGUUUAAGACUUCACCCGGUUGCAAGAAAUUAAAUUGGUUUCAGUAAUA